AAUUGAUCGAUGGAAUUAGCGGCGCGAGGGCAGCGCGCGGCCUUAGGUGCUCUGUGGUCUGUCGGCGCUUGUUCAGUUUCUGAGAUUCCGAUAUAUUUUAUAACUGCAGCGUCUAUCGAGUUCAAGCGGGUUUUGUGCUUUUCUGCUUUCGUUUGGGGAAACAGAAGAUCUCCUUAACGAUGUCUUCUGACGAGAGCAGAGCCGUGGGGAUCCUCAAGGGGUUCAAACUAAAUUGGAUGAACCUCCGUGAUGCAGACAGUGGGAAGGUUCUGUGGCAGGGAACAGAAGAUCUGUCCCUUCCUGGAGUAGAACAUGAAGCACGAGUUCCCAAGAAGAUCUUAAAGUGCAAAGCCGUGUCGAGGGAGCUGAAUUUCUCUUCGUUGGAGCAGAUGGAAAAGUUUCGGUUGGAACAAAAGGUUUAUUUUAAGGGCCAGUGCAUAGAAGAGUGGUUCUUUGAGUUUGGCUUUGUGAUCCCGAAUUCCACGAACACGUGGCAGUCCUUGAUAGAGGCAGCACCAGAGUCACAGAUGAUGCCAGCAAACGUUUUGACAGGUAACAUUGUGAUAGAGACCAAGUUCUACGAUAAUGAUCUUCUCGUCAGCACUUCCAAAGUACGACUCUUCUACGUCUGAAAGUGGAAACUUUUUAACAUUUUUGUAUCUUUUUUUUAUGAGAAGUAUGUUUGCUGGACCUGUAUUCUGCAAAACAUCCUGAAAUGGACUUAGUCUCCCAUGGAUAUAUAAAUCCGAACAAGAUGAACAAGAAAAAAGUAACAAUAUUAUCAAAAUUUUGUUAACAGGUGUAUUAUUUUACAUUGUGCAUUUUUCUCAGCUGAUAUAUUUGCAAGGAAAGCUGCUUCAUCACUACAUUCCUUCCAUUUUUUUAAUUUGGCAAUAAAAACUCUAAAAUGGACUGAUUUUAGUUAUGGGAAUUUCAAUCAUAUUCAUUCUCUAGCGGGUUCAGAAAGCAAUAUUUGUAUGACUAUUUUUCUAGGUUUUAUACUCUAGUAUUGUUAAUUAUUUUAAUAUUUAUGUAUUUGUCUGAGAAACAAACAUGUUUUUCUUAUUUUGUCCCCGUUGUCAUGUUUAAUUGCUUAAGAGAUAAUGAAUGUUUACAUGUACCUUGUGUAAUUAUGUGCUGAAAUAUUUGAGCUGAUAUUGAACGUUGAAUGUUAUGCGUUAGAAAAAUAUGGUUUCACACGAGUUAUCCUGAUGACAUGUUGCUGUUUACAGUUUGUUAUAUGGUAAAUUAGUUUUUACAUGGAGGCCAAAUAUAAGCUUUCAUGAUUAUUCGGUGUGGAUUGCAAUGUUAACACAGUUAAUGUGUGAUGAACUUGCGAGCCAUUGUGGGUGUGCCCUGCCUUAAUCAUUUCUACUUCCCUGGCUCGGCUCUGGAUGGUGGCUCAAUUUGCAUACAGUUAUUGGUAGUGAUGUGGAGGGUUACAAUUUCAAUGGAACACAAGCAGCUUAUGACAGUGUUUUCCAGCCUAGUCCUCAGGGAACCCCGGGCACUCCACGUUUUUGCUUCCUUUCAGCUGUCAUACCUGUACCAGGUAUUCGGUGUUCCUGAUUGGCUGGGAGCUGGGAGGGAGCAAAAACGUAGACACUCCAAGGUUCCCUGAGGACUGGGUUGGGAAACACUGACUUAUGGUGAUGUCUGGCACAUUUGAUGUGCUUUUGUUCUAAAUACCAAGAAAGAGUUUCUGUCCAAAUAGCUCACACUUGAUUUCAAGCUAAAGUAAAUAUAUCUUUAGUGUGAAUUUGACACUGAAGGCUAUAUUUAUAGAUUCUCUCACAAAGGUUUAUGUAACAAAUAGUUAAGAUAUGAUUUUUAGAUUUUCAAAUAAAAUUCUAAGUAUA